AGUAAUACAUAUCUUAUAAUAGUUUAACAUUUAUUCACUUAUAUUAUACAAUAUUUAUAAAUAAGUUAUAAAUAAAUUACAUUAAAUAAUAUAUUAAACAUUAGAAAAUAAAAUAUAAUAUAUAACCUCCACAAUGGUAAAAGAACAAUUUAGAGAAACAGACGUAGCUCGCAAAAUUUCUCAUGUCUCAUUUGGAGUGGAUAGCCGCCACAAUAUGGAAAGACAAGCCCAUAUGCAUGUUGUGGCUAAAAAUUUAUAUAAUCAGGAUGUUGAACACACUCCAGUUCCAUAUGGAGUUCUUGAUAGAAGAAUGGGUACCUGUAAUAAUACUACCAAUUGUGCAUCAUGUGGUAAAACUUUAAAUGAAUGUAUUGGACAUUUUGGUUAUAUUGAUUUAGAAUUGCCAGUUUUUCAUGUUGGUUAUUUUAGAUCUAUUAUUGGUAUUCUUCAAACUAUUUGUAAAAAUUGUUCUCAUGUUAUGUUAUCUGAAAUAGAUAAAAAACAUUAUUUAACUAGAGUAUUAAAUCCUAAUUUGGGAUAUUUAACACGUAAAGCAUUGCGUAAACAGAUUUUGGAUAAAGCUAAGAAAACAUCAGUUUGUCAAAAUUGUGGAGAUCUUAAUGGAACUGUCAAAAAGGCUGGUUUACUCAAAAUAGUUCAUGAAAAAUAUAAGGCGAAAAAAAAAGUAGAUAUUAUUGUUCAACAAAAGUUAGCAGAAUAUAAUAAUGUUCUUGAAGAAAAUAAAGCAUUAGAAGGAAUACUUCAAAGUGGAUUAGUUAAUGUGUUAAAUCCUUUAGAGGUACAAAGUAUUUUGGAAAAAAUUCCAGAAAAUGACAUUCCUCUAUUAAUGAUGAAUACAGAAUGUGCAUUACCAAAAGAUUUAAUAUUAACAAGGAUUCCUGUGCCACCAAUUUGUAUUAGGCCUAGUGUUGUAUCUGAUAUCAAAGCUGGCACAACAGAAGAUCAUUUAACAAUGAAAUUAUCAGAAAUAGUUUUUAUUAAUGAUGUUAUUCAAAAACACAGACAAAGUGGAGCUAAAGUACAAAUGUAUAGUGAGGAUUGGGAAUUUCUACAAUUACAUUGUGCCCUUUAUAUAAAUAGUGAAAUGUCUGGUAUACCUCUCAAUAUGCAACCAAAAAAAUCUGGAAGAGGAUUGGUUCAAAGAUUAAAAGGAAAACAAGGUCGUUUUCGUGGUAACUUAUCUGGUAAACGUGUAGAUUUUUCUAGUAGAACUGUUAUUUCACCAGAUCCUAAUCUUAGAAUUGAACAAGUUGGUGUACCUAUUCAUGUUGCCAAAAUUUUAACAUAUCCUGAAAAAGUUAAUCCAUCAAACAUAGAAUUAAUGCGAAAACUUGUAAGAAAUGGUCCAGAUAUACAUCCAGGAGCAAAUUUUAUACAACAAGGAAAAACACAAUUCAAAAAAUAUUUAAGAUAUGGUAACCGUCAAAAAAUUGCUCAAGAUUUACAGUAUGGUGACAUUGUUGAAAGACAUUUGAGGGAUGAUGAUGUAGUAUUAUUCAAUAGACAACCGUCAUUACAUAAAUUAAGCAUCAUGGCACACAAAGCAAAAAUAUUAGAUCAUAGAACAUUUAGAUUUAAUGAAUGUGUUUGUACUCCAUAUAAUGCUGAUUUCGACGGCGAUGAAAUGAAUUUACACGUCCCUCAAACUGAAGAAGCAAGAGCAGAAGCUCUAGUUUUAAUGGGGAAUAAAUCAAAUUUAGUUACGCCUCGCAAUGGAGAAUUACUAAUAGCUGCAACACAAGAUUUUAUUACUGGUGGAUAUCUUCUGACUCAAAAGGACAUGUUUCUAAAUAAAACUCAAGCAAGUCAAUUAGCUGGUUGUCUUCUAGCAGGACCUGAUAUUACUAUGUCUAUAAAUCUACCUGAACCAGCUAUUUUAAAACCAACUAUAUUAUGGACAGGAAAACAAAUUUUUAGUUUAAUUUUAAAACCUAAUAAUACUUGUAAUAUUAAAGCUAAUUUAAAAACCAAAGGAAGAGCUUACACUACCAAUGAAGAAUUAUGUAUUAAUGAUUCUUAUGUUAUUAUUCGGAACUCAGAAUUAUUAGCAGGAUCUAUGGAUAAAUCAACGUUAGGUUCGGGGUCAAAACAAAAUAUAUUUUAUAUUUUAUUGCGUGAUUGGGGUGAAGAUAUUGCAACAAUAGCUAUGUGGCGGUUAGCAAGAAUGGCAAGUUUCUUCCUUAUGAAUAGAGGUUUUUCAAUUGGUAUUGGUGAUGUUACACCUGGUCAAGGACUUCUUAAAGCUAAACAAGAACUUCUAAAUGCAGGAUAUUCUAAGUGUACAGAAUACAUUCAAGACAUGGAAGAAGGACGUCUUAUAUGUCAACCUGGUUGUACAGAAGAAGAAACAUUAGAAGCAAUGAUAUUAAAGGAACUUUCAGUAAUUCGUGAUCAUGCUGGUAAAGCAUGUUUAAAAGAACUUCAUCCAAGUAAUAGUCCAUUAAUUAUGGCAUUAUCUGGCAGUAAAGGAAGCUUUAUUAAUAUUUCUCAAAUGAUUGCAUGUGUGGGACAACAAGCUAUUAGUGGUCAUAGAGUUCCAAAUGGAUUUGAAGAUAGAGCUUUACCACAUUUUGAAAGACAUUCGAAAAUUCCUGCAGCUAAAGGUUUUGUAGAAAAUUCAUUCUAUUCUGGUUUAACACCAACGGAAUUUUUUUUUCAUACAAUGGGUGGAAGAGAAGGUCUUGUAGAUACAGCAGUUAAAACUGCUGAAACUGGUUAUAUGCAACGACGAUUAGUUAAGAGUUUAGAAGAUUUGUGCCUUCAUUAUGAUAUGACAGUUCGUAAUUCAGUAGGAGAUAUUGUACAAAUAUUGUAUGGGGGAGAUGCUCUAGAUCCUACAUACAUGGAAGGAAAAGAUUGUCCAGUAGAUUAUAAGAGAAUAUUGGAUCAUGUAAGAGCCAAAUCUCCAUGUAAAAAUGAAGAAUCAUUAGAUGGUCAUAGUGUAAUUAAAGCUACAAAUGAAUUACUAAAUUCUGAGGAAUAUGAAUGUCUCAGUGAAGAAUUUAAACAAGAAUUAUCCACAUUCCUUAAAACUGUAGCACGUAAAAUAGCACGCCUUCGACAUAAUGCUGCAUUAAAUGUACCUGUAAUUUUACAACUUGAACGACUCACAGUUUCUCAAUUAGUUGAAUUUAUUCAUACUUGUAAAGAAAAAUAUAUGAGAGCAAAGAUAGAACCAGGUACUGCUGUAGGUGCACUUGCUGCACAAAGUAUUGGAGAACCAGGAACACAAAUGACAUUAAAAACUUUCCAUUUCGCCGGUGUAGCGUCUAUGAAUAUUACUCAAGGUGUACCGCGUAUUAAAGAAAUUAUUAAUGCAAGUCCCAAAAUUAGUACUCCGAUUAUUACUGCUGCUUUAAUAAAUGAUGCAGAUCCAGAAUAUGCUAGAAGAGUAAAAGGCAGAAUUGAAAAAACUACUUUAGGAGAAGUGACAGAAUAUAUUGAAGAAGUUUAUCUUCCAGAUGAUUGUUUUUUAUUAAUCAAGAUAGAUAUUGAUAGAAUAAAAUUAUUGAAAUUAGAAGUAGAUGUCAAUUCUAUACGUUAUUCAAUUUGUACAUCAAAAUUAAGACUAAAUCCAAAAUUGGUAAAUGUUAGAGGAGAUUCUAUUAUUACUGUGAAUCCAAGCAAAAAUAAAUAUAGUUUAAAUUAUGCUCUUACACAACUUAAAGAAUUGAUUCCAAAUAUUGUUAUAAAGGGUUUACCAUCAGUUUCUAGAGCUGUAAUUCAUAAUGAUGAUUCAUGUGGUAAAAAAAAAUAUAAAUUAUUCGUAGAAGGAGACAAUAUGCGAGAUGUAAUGGCAACUCUUGGAGUUCUUGGCAAAAAAACAACUUCAAACAAUACAAUUGAAGUUUUUAAAACUUUAGGUAUUGAGGCUGCAAGAGCAACUAUAAUGACAGAAAUUAAAUUGGUCAUGGAAAAUCAUGGAAUGAGUAUUGAUCGAAGACAUCCAAUGCUUGUAGCAGAUUUAAUGACUAGCAGAGGAGAAGUAUUAGGUAUUACAAGACAAGGUUUAGCUAAAAUGAAGGAAUCUGUCUUAAAUUUAGCUUCAUUUGAAAAGACAUCUGAUCACUUAUUUGAUGCAGCUUAUUAUGGGCAAAAAGAUGUUAUUUGCGGAGUUUCUGAAUCAAUUAUAAUGGGUAUUCCAGUACCUGUAGGAACAGGAAUUUUCAAAUUACUUCACAAAUAUCCUUUUCAAAUUUAUUUUUUCAAAUUCAAAAAAAUUAUUCAAUUUUUAACUUUAUAUAUUAAUCAUAUUUUUAAUACAUUAUUUUUCUUAUUAAAAGUAUACAGCUGAUAAAGAUGAACCAAAAAAAAGGGAUUUAAUAUUUGAUGAUCUACAAUUCAAGAAAAUUAUAAAAUCUGCAACAAAAUCAUAAAUAAUUGUUAUUUAUUCUUUACCAAAAUAUUUAAUGUACAUAAAAUGAA